AUACACUGUGAAUGAAUGUGUGGGUUCUGUUUCAGCUCUGUGAGUCUGGAAGACUGGUUGGACUUCUCCAAUACCAACGUGGAGAAGGCUGACAAGCAGAGGAAUAACUCCCUGUUGAUGAAGGCCCUGGUGGACCGAAUCCUAUCUCAGACCGCCGGUGACCUGCGUAAGCAAUGUGAUGUGGUAGACACAGCAUUUAAGAAUGGACUGAAGGAGACCAAAGAUGCCAGGGACAAGCUGGCUGCCCAUCUGGCCAAGGUCAUGGAAGAGAUUGCUUCCCAGGAGAAAAACAUCGCAGCUCUUGAAAAAGCCAUCCUUGACCAGGAAGGGCCUGCCAAGGUGGCUCACACACGCCUGGAGACCAGGACACACCGGCCUAACGUGGAGCUGUGCCGUGAUAUCGCCCAGUAUAGGCUCAUCAGGGAGGUCCAGGACAUCACCAGCAAUAUUGAGAGAUUAAAGGAAACACUGGCCCAAGCUCAGGUGGAGCUGAAAGGACUGAAUCGCAGACAGCUGGCCCUGCAGGAGGAGAUCCAGGUCAAAGAGAACACCAUCUACAUUGACGAGGUGCUGUGUAUGCACAUGAGGAAGUCUAUCCCUCUGAGGGAAGGGGAUGCCCGCGAGGAGUGGGCCGGGGGCCUGCGCUCCAAAGCUGUCUGCUGACCACAGGGACAGUUCAAGGCCUCAUUAAACCACAUCACAAGACA